GAUCGUGGGUUGCGGCAGUCAUGUCCGUCUUGCCGUCCUAAUUUAUCCACCAUUUAACCGCAACCCAGUCCACCAAUCGCUCGUCCAACACGGUCCUGUUUUGGAAGCGCUGGCGCACCCCAGAACGCCGCGGGUGCUGCACCUGUGUGGGGUACAACUCCCGAAUCGGUUCACGGAGCCUCCGUUGAGCACCGCCGAGCAUGCGUCAAACCAGGCUGUGGGGCGCGCGUGGACACACCUGAAAUUAGAGGACCGGCGGGUCUGCCACCACGAGACGUAGGAGGAUGCUGCGGACGUGACAUCGCAGGCCUCGUCGAGCCCAAAAUCCUACAGCGGACCGUGAUGCCCAGUUGAAGCCUGCACUACCAGCCCCUGGGCCCCUGAUCUAUAAAACGAGCCAUGGCGCGCACAGGAGACCGAGAAGCUGGUCCCACGCAGGCAUCACCCGAGUCGAUUUCCAACGUCGUACUAGCAAUAAUCUAAUAACGAUGAAGUCUCUCGCCAUUGCCGCCGUGGCAGCCCUAUGGGCGCAGAACGCUGCCGCCCAUGCAACCUUCCAGCAGCUCUGGGUCGACGGGGUGGACUAUGGCUCCCAGUGCGCUCGCCUGCCGGGCUCCAACUCCCCGGUCACCGAUGUCUCUUCCACCGCCAUGCGUUGCAAUGCCGGCUCAUCCCCCGCCCGCGGCAAGUGCCCGGUCAGGGCCGGCUCUACAGUGACCGUCGAGAUGCACCAGCAAAACGGCGACCGAUCCUGCGCGAACGAGGCCAUCGGCGGGGCGCACCACGGCCCUGUCAUCGUCUACAUGUCCAAGGUCUCAGACGCCGCCAGCGCCGACGGUUCUGCCGGGUGGUUCAAGAUCUUCCAGGACGGCUGGGCCAAGAACCCCUCGGGCCGGGUCGGCGACGACGACUUCUGGGGCACCAAGGACCUGAACAAGUGCUGCGGCAAGAUGAACGUCAAGAUCCCCGCCGACAUUCCCUCGGGCGACUACCUCCUCCGCGCCGAGGCCAUCGCGCUGCACGCGGCCAGCAGCUCGGGCGGCGCCCAGUUGUACAUGACCUGCUACCAGCUGACCGUCACGGGCGGGACGGGCAGCGCCACCCCGCCGACGGUCAACUUCCCCGGUGCCUACUCGGCUCGGGAUCCCGGUCUGGCGGUUAGCAUCCAUGGUGCUAUGACGGGCUACACGGUGCCCGGCCCGGCGGUGUAUUCCGGCGGUUCGACCAAGGUUGCGGGUAGCGCCUGCACUGGGUGUGAGUCGACUUGUGCGGUUGGGUCUGGCCCGGCUACAACACUCACGCCCCCCACCUCGACGUCGCCCGCUACUAGUGCUACCGCCAGCCCUACCGGCGGCAGCGGCGGCGGCGGCACCCCCGGGUGCACGGUCCAGAGAUACGGGCAGUGCGGCGGCCAGGGAUACACUGGCUGCACGACUUGCGCUUCUGGCUCUACUUGCACUGGUGUCUCGGCACCUUACUACUAUCAGUGCAUCUAAGGCGAUAACGACAAGAUGUCCGAACUCCGAAGGUCGCCAUUGAAGAUCAUGGGUCGAUUAACCACCACUUCAUGUAUAUAGUUGACUUUUACAACCUGUGAAUAUGAUGCAUAUCAAGAAGACUAUCUCGCUCAUCCUAUUCUGUCUUUGCCUAUGUCCUUCCACAACAAUAUCACUCACCAUGAAACGAAGCAAGUACACUACCGAACGUUCAUCUAUGUAGCUUCCUGAUUGCUGAGAGAUGUCUUGGUAGCAAUAACAGGAAAAGUUGGGUAAUGACAGAUGAUUCCA